AUGAAAAGUUUCGAUUUAGUUUUGGUAACAGGAAACAAGGCCAGCGAUAAAUAAAUCUUUUAAAUGUUGUCUGGAAAGAAUGUCAUAGGAACAAAUAUUAAAUGUACUACUUAAAUAGAAUAAAAGCUCAUAAAACCCAUGCAUUUCGAGCUAUUGAUCAAUAAAUCUGGUAGAAUAACUAUAAUACCUUUAACUUCUGGUAUGCAGAUAAUGCAAAAGAAUAAAAAAUUGAAAGAAUUGGAUGUCAAUCAAUGUUAUGAUUUGGAAAUAAAAUAAUCCUUUUACAUCGAAAGAACUUAUGCUUGCUAUCUUGAGGAAGCUGUCACCAAAAAAAGCCCAAUCUAACCUAGCUAACAGGGCAAAUAGUCAAUUUGGAAUUUAAAGAAUAAUGCACAGAACAAUGAAGAUAAAAAUAAAAAGAAGCUGAAAAAAGAAGCUAUGGAUAUCGAUAGCUAAGUUUUGAGUGAAUCAACUCAAUCAAAAUCUGAUGAAAUUGAUGAUUUGGCUGAUGAGGAUUAUGAUAACUAGGAAGAAUAAGAAGAAAUAGUUAAGGAUGAAAUAAAGCGCAGAAAAGCUCCUUCUAAUUCAUCUAAAAACUCAGUUUCUAAGAAAAUAAAAAGUCCCAAUUCAUGUGAAACAACUACUAUCAUGUAAGCUGAAAAAAAGAUUGAAGUAGAAGAAUAAAAAACAAAUACAAAAUAAAACAAUAACAAUAAACAGAAAAAACAAGUGAGAGUCAUUCUCUCCAAUUGCAAUCUGACCAACGCUGAAAAAAAUAAAAUGAUUAAGUUGGGAGCUGUUUUUGUAGAGAACUAGGAAGAAGACUUUGAUGUAGUUGUUAUGGAAGAAUUCAGAAGAAGAGCUAAACUCUUAAUUGGUUUGAACAAAAAGGCUUGGAUUGUCAGCAAGGGAUGGAUUUUAGAUUGCAUUGAUGAUGAUGAAUUAAUUACAGAUUUCUGUGAGUAUCUAAUUGAAGUACCCUUAGAAGACCAAAAGAAAUACAAUAACCUUAACCUGGACAAUGUAUAAUAUAACAUACAAAAGGGUAAAGGAUUCAAAUUAUUUGAAAACUGCUCUUUCUUCCUUCAAGGUUAAUAUAAAAAUAUCUUAAUUGAUGAACUCUAAGCCAUUAUUAUAAGUGGAGGUGGUAAAAUCAUAAAUAACCUUAACCAUAGUUUUUCUUCAGAUAAGUAAAAGUAAAUUGCAGUCAUUGAAGACCCAAAGAAAAUAAAAAAUCCUUUGAAUAACACCCUUUAUGUUGAUCCUGAAUAUAUUCUUUUAUCAACAUUAAAGCAAUAAAUUCAAACAAAAUGCAUUUACAAUAUUUGA